UCGGGUCAGAGCGGGCUCCCUUCUCUUCGCCUCCAGCAGAUGGUCGUCGUUCCUCGUUAGCCGGCCAGACCGCCGCUGCCCGUGCUGGAACCCAGCAACCUUUUCCCGCAGAAGAGCACCGCCAUGUCGACCAAAGCAGAGCAAUUUGCUUCCAAGAUCCGAUACUUGCAAGAAUACCAUAAUCGUGUCCUUCACAACAUUUAUCCUGUCCCCUCUGGAACUGACAUUGCCAAUACUCUGAAGUACUUUUCUCAGACAUUACUAAGCAUUUUGUCCCGCACAGGGAAGAAGGAGAAUCAAGAUGCCUCCAAUUUGACAGUGCCCAUGACCAUGUGUCUUUUUCCUGUGCCAUUCCCACUCACCCCAUCUCUAAGACCACAGGUCAGUUCCAUCAACCCUACUGUUACUCGCUCCCUCCUUUACAGCGUGCUGCGAGAUGCUCCUACUGAACGAGGAGGCCAGCAAAGUCGGGAUGCUCAGUUAUCUGACUACCCAUCAUUGGACUAUCAAGGACUAUACGUGACAUUGGUGACUCUGCUGGAUCUAGUUCCUUUGCUACAACAUGGUCAGCAUGAUCUUGGACAGUCCAUUUUUUAUACUACUACAUGUUUGCUACCUUUUCUCAAUGAUGACAUCUUGAGUACUUUACCGUAUACAAUGAUCUCUACUUUAGCUACAUUCCCACCGUUUCUGCACAAAGAUAUCAUAGAGUAUCUCAGCACAUCAUUCUUGCCCAUGGCGAUAUUGGGCUCUUCAAGGAGAGAAGGGGUACCGGCUCAUGUUAAUCUUUCUGCAUCUUCAAUGCUAAUGAUUGCAAUGCAGUAUACGACCAAUCCUGUGUAUCACUGUCAGUUACUGGAAUGUCUUAUGAAACACAAACAGGAAGUAUGGAAAGAUUUGCUAUAUGUAAUAGCAUAUGGUCCAUCUCAAGUAAAGCCACCUGCAGUCCAAAUGCUUUUCCACUACUGGCCCAACUUAAAACCUCCUGGGGCAAUAAGUGAAUAUCGAGGACUACAGUAUACGGCAUGGAAUCCCAUUCAUUGUCAGCACAUUGAAUGCCAUAAUGCAAUUAACAAGCCAGCUGUGAAGAUGUGCGUAGACCCUUCUUUAUCAGUGGCUUUGGGUGAUAAACCACCUCCUCUCUACCUUUGUGAAGAAUGCAGCCAAAGGAUUGCAGGGGAUCACAGUGAAUGGUUGGUUGAUGUUCUUUUACCACAAGCUGAAAUUUCUGCUAUAUGUCAAAAGAAGAAUUGCAGCUCACAUGUUAGGAGGGCUGUUGUGACAUGUUUCUCUGCUGGAUGCUGUGGUCGCCAUGGUAACAGGCCAGUGCGUUACUGCAAAAGAUGCCACUCAAAUCAUCACAGCAGUGAAGUCGGGGCAACAGCAGAGACCCACCUUUAUCAGACAUCACCACCGCCUAUCAAUACCCGUGAAUGUGGUGCUGAGGAAUUAGUCUGUACGGUGGAAGCUGUCAUUAGCCUUCUGAAAGAGGCUGAAUUCCAUGCUGAACAAAGAGAGUAUGAACUCAAUCGCAGGAGGCAGCUGGGCCUGUCUUCCUCUCAUCAUUCUUUGGACAACACAGAUUUUGAUAACAAAGAUGAUGACAAGCAUGAUCAGCGGCUUCUGAGCCAAUUUGGAAUCUGGUUCCUGGUUAGCCUCUGCACCCCUAGCGAGAACACUCCAACAGAGAGUUUGGCUAGGCUUGUCAGCAUGGUUUUCCAGUGGUUCCACUCCACGGCAUAUAUGAUGGAUGAUGAAGUUGGCAGCCUAGUGGAGAAACUCAAACCCCAAUUUGUCACUAAAUGGCUGAAAACGGUGUGCGAUGUUAGAUUUGAUGUCAUGGUGAUGUGCCUUCUUCCUAAACCAAUGGAGUUUGCAAGGGUAGGUGGAUAUUGGGAUAAAUCAUGUAGCACUGUGACACAAUUAAAGGAAGGUCUGAACCGGAUCCUCUGCUUAAUUCCAUACAAUGUAAUCAAUCAACCUGUGUGGGACUGUAUUAUGCCAGAAUGGCUGGAAGCCAUCAGGACUGAAGUGCCAGACAAUCAACUGAAGGAAUUCAGGGAAGUAUUAAGUAAAAUGUUUGAUAUAGAGCUAUGCCCUCUCCCUUUUUCUAUGGAGGAAAUGUUUGGCUUCAUAAGCUGUCGAUUCACAGGAUAUCCAUCCUCUGUACAAGAACAAGCUCUACUCUGGCUUCAUGUGUUAUCUGAAUUAGACAUUGUAGUUCCACUUCAGUUGGUAAUCAGUAUGUUUUCUGAUGGUGUUAAUUCUGUGAAAGAACUGGCAAAUCAAAGAAAAUCGAGAGUCAGUGAGAUAACUGGGAACCUUGCAGCUCGAAGGGUGAGCAUUGCUUCCGAUCCAGGACGCAGAGUUCAGCAUAAUACACUGAGUCCAUUCCCAAGUCCGUUUCAGAGUCCAUUUCGCAGCCCCAUACACAGCCCUUUCCGCAGUCCUUUCAAAAAUUUUGGAUCCUCUGGAGGAGGAAGGGCCAUUGACUUUGACUGUUAUGAUGAUGAAAUGAAUUUGAGUUGUUUCAUUCUAAUGUUUGAUCUCAUCUUGAAGCAGAUGGAACUACAAGAUGAUGGUAUUACCUUGGGCUUGGAGAACAGCAUUUCCAAAGACAUAAUUUCUAUCAUCAAUAAUGUAUUCCAGGCCCCCUGGGGUGGUUCCCAUAUUUGUCAAAAAGAUGAGAAGGCAGUAGAAUGUAACUUGUGCCAGUCUAGUAUCUUGUGCUAUCAGAUGGCCUGUGAACUCUUGGAAAGAUUAGCCCCCAAAGAAGAAAUCAGACUGGUGGAACCGACAGAUAACUUAGAGGACAGUCUUUUUGAUUCCAAACCAGAGUUCAUUAUAGGAACUGAAGGGGAUGGAAACAAAUCUGCACCAGAGCAUGUAGAAAACCCAGGGAACCACACAGAAGCAACAGAAAAUACAGCACCCAUAAAAAAUGACACUGAAAGGAAAUUUUGUUACCAGCAGCUCCCAGUGACAUUGAAACUCAUAUAUACAAUAUUGCAGGAAAUGGCACGCUUUGAAGAGCCAGAUAUUAUCUUUAACAUGCUUAACUGCUUGAAGAUUCUUUGCCUUCAUGGGGAAUGCUUAUACGUUGCAAAGAAGAACUAUCCUCAGUUUCUAGCAUAUAUUCAGGACCACAUGCUGAUUGCCAGCUUAUGGAGAGUUGUAAAAUCAGAGUUCUCCCAGCUUUCUUCACUAGCAGUGCCACUCCUUCUCCAUGCUCUUUCAUUGCCUCAUGGAGCUGAUAUUUUCUGGACAAUAAUCAAUGCCAACUUCAAUAGCAAAGACUGGAAAGUUAGAUUUGAAGCAGUGGAGAAAGUAGCAGUGUUGUGUAGAUUCCUGGAUAUUCACUCAGUGACCAAAAACCAUCUACUGAAAUAUUCCUUGGCACAUGCCUUUUGUUGUUUUCUGACUGCUGUGGAGGAUGUGAAUCCAGCUGUGGCCACCAGAGCAGGGCUUCUGCUAGACACCAUAAAAAGGCCAGCCUUGCAGGGACUAUGCCUUUGUCUUGAUUUCCAGUUUGAUACUGUUGUCAAAGACAGACCCAUUAUUCUCAGCAAGCUUUUGCUGCUACAUUUUCUCAAGCAAGAUAUUCCAGCGUUGAGCUGGGAAUUCUUUGUGAAUCGGUUUGAGACACUCUCUCUUGAGGCACAGCUUCACUUGGACUGCAACAAGGAAUUCCCCUUCCCAACAACAAUCACAGCGGUCCGGACCAAUGUUGCCAACUUAAGUGACACAGCAAUGUGGAAGAUCAAGAGAGCUCGGUUUGCUCGGAAUCGGCAGAAGAGCGUGCGUUCUUUGAGAGACAGUGUGAAAGGUCCAGCAGAAUCCAAGAGGGCACUUUCUCUUCCAGAAACCUUAACAACCAAAAUCCCAAGACUGAUCAGACACGAACAAUCUGCUCCAGCGCUUGGUGGAACACCAGAAAAAACACAAGGGCAGCCUUCUCCAGAGAAUGAUAAUACCAUAAAGGACCUUCUCCCAGAGGAUGCUGGGAUUGAUCAUCAAACUGUCCAUCAACUCAUUACCGUGCUAAUGAAAUUUAUGGCCAAGGAUGAGAGCAGUGCAGAAUCAGAUAUCAGCAGUGCUAAAGCCUUCAAUACAGUCAAGCGCCAUUUAUAUGUUUUGCUGGGCUACGAUCAACAGGAAGGAUGCUUCAUGAUUGCACCUCAGAAGAUGCGAAUAUCAACCUGCUUUAAUGCCUUUAUUGCAGGAAUUGCGCAAGUGA